AUGGACAGAAUUACUUCGUUGUUAGGCGGGGACGACGUAGUAGUCCAUGUGGAUGAGACAAUGUUGGUGAAGAAGAAAUACAACCGCGGUCGUCAGAGAGCGAACAAUAUUUGGGUGAUAGGUUCAUACGACACGUCCCUCCGAAAAGUAUUUGUUGAAAGAAUAGCAGACAGGAUGGCGACUACUCUGGUACCUACUAUAAAGCGACUUGUGGAACCGGGAUUAAUUGUACGUACCGACGAUUGGAAAGGCUAUGAUUCUUUGUCAUCCCUGGGAUACAUGCAUCACAGAGUGAACUACUCCAGUGACUUUGGGGAUCCAGUUACAAUGCCUCAUAAAAAUUUCACUGAAGGAUUUUGGGGUCGACUGAAAAAUAGAAUAAGGGCUAUAAAUGGAUCUCAUUUAUAG